GUUGGCACGCGACGACGUGACAUACGUUUGUCUAUUACCGGUUCGUAUAUUUUCUGUUAACAUCACUUUAACGAAAUUCUAUCUAAUUUUUCAUCUUGCAUUAUACAUCGCGAAAAUAGUGAUUCUUUGUUACCAAAAAAAUAAACCUAGUUCUUAUUCGACAUCCAUACUAGAGAAAUUGGGAGGAGAAGAAUGAGGAGAACCAACUGUGAGUUGUCAACAUUCAGAGUUUUUUCCUGUCUAGUUUAGUUUCACUUUCCGCCUCUUGGUCAACUGUGUUAUACUCGGGGCUGUCUGCUAAUUAGACAACACUCUGCUCAUAACAGCUUGCAGGUAUUUUUAGAGCCAUCGCCCUCAUAACAAGUUCUUUGAACUUUUUGAUGUUGUAAGCCACCACGAAUAUCCCAUUUCUCGUGAGGUCGCUGAAAAAUGGAGUUCAUGGAGUGAAUGGUAGCUCAUUUGUAGGAUCUAUGAGAAGCAGUAAAACCAGAGUCAACAGCACAAGAUCAGAGUCUAUCUCAUCAGAUGAAGGUACAAGAAGAAUAAAAGUAUAAAGAAGAACAUCACAUAUCGGCAGAUUGUUAGAACAAAAUGACGAUGGGUUGGUUGCUUCCGGACAAGACUUCACUGUCAGACCAUCAGAAGUGUUUCUCGUGGGGAUAAAAGAGUAUCCCUUGAUUCUUACAAUGUCCAGUGCAGUAUCAAGCUCACUUACGAGCACUGUGGCUGACCAAAUAACAAGUACGUUAUUGCCGACAGUGACAAAGAUUGGCACAAGGGAUGACUCAAGUUCCCUCUCAUUCAUUUUGGCUUUCUCCAUCGUCUUUGUCCUCGCCCCUGUCACCAUCAGUGGGAAUACGAUGAUUCUGGCAGCAUUUUAUAGAUAUAAAAGACUACGGACAGCGUCAAAUUGUCUUCUAGCAUCUCUUGCGGUCAGUGACUUUGGGGUUGGAGUAUUCAUACCUUUUGGUGUACACUUAGAACUUUCUGGAGCACCUGAGAGUGGAAUUUCAAGUUUAUGCAUUCUACCAUAUUGCAUCGUCAUUACUUUAUGCAGUGUGAGUGUUCUCGUCACUGUUGCCAUUGCCGUAGAUCGACUUACAUCACUUGCUCAGCCACUUCGUUACAAAAAUAUCAUCACUCAUAGUAGUGUGGAGAAAUAUAUUGCAGUUUUUUGGAUUUAUGCUGUCAUUGUAGGACUGACACCACUUAUUUAUGCAAAAAUUAUAGGAUUUAGUCAACUCAAAAGUGGAAAUUGUCGGUUUGGAGCUGCAGUACAGCCACCGGUUCGAGUGUUCUUGGUGAUUGCAGUUUGGGCGCCAAGUGCUCUUGUUUUACUUGGCUGUUAUAUUUAUGUUUAUCUCGUUGCACGCGCCCACGCCCGUGCAAUCUAUACAGUUGAAUUAUCGUUCAGACAUCAAACACAGACACUACCUCUACCACGAUAUGGUCAAACUUUGGCGGUUACUGUGGGAGCUUUUCUCAUCCUCUGGCUUCCUUUUCAGACUUGUAUGCUGUUAGAUAUAGUUUAUGGCAGCCACAUCCUUUCAGAGUGGUCAGUUGUUUGGCUUGGUCUUCCCAUUCUUGCUCACAGUGGUGUCAAUCCCUGGAUUUAUGCCUUUCAUCACGGAGAGAUGCGAGUUGCAGCUGGUAAAAUUGCAGAAGAUAUCGUGACCCUUUUUGGCAUUCAUCCAAGUCGUUACGGAUGCUCUCCCGUAGGUCGAGGUGGUUCGAAUCUCGAACUUGCUGAAGUAAACAAGAGCAAUGAGGGGCGACGCCCGCCUAUUGAAGAUUGCUUUGCAGCAAAGCAACAAAAUAGCUUUUAUCCGAGAGAUAAGCGACUAGAGACGACAAAUAAUGACAUUGAAAUAUCCCCUGAAGCCAAUGAUUGCGAAAAACAUUUUACACACUGUGAUUCAGCUGCUGAAAUCGUUGAAGAAGAUAUUCAUGAUCUUGCGAAAAUGCUUGGGCCUGAGUACAUAAUUGACAGAUGUCAUGUAAUUGACACGAACCAUAAUGUUGAUAAAAUAAGGAACCUCAAAUAUUUACUAGAUCCUACUUUCAAUAAAAUUCGUCAUUUAAGACGUUUAAAUCAAAAGUCUACAUCUUGCUGUCAUGGAAAAGACCAUAAGAAAUAUUUAAAUCAGUUCAAGUUUAUUUCAUAUCAAAAUCUUAAGAGUGAUAUAAAUAGUCGAAGGACAUUUCGGCUAAAUGCGUUAUCAGAUCCCAUGUUGAAUACAGAAACACCGUGCGUUGAAUCAAACGAUUUAGGUGAAGGACUUCAUAAAGAUAUAUUACAUCUUCAUCAGCGAAGAGAUUCAGUUCUUGCUUCCAUAUCUGAUUCAAAUAUCAAAGCUAUAAAUCUUUCAAAUCUUCAUAAUUACCAAGUUGUUUCCGAAUGUCAUGAAUAUUCUGUUCAAAGUCUUGAUCAUUCUAAAUGUUCCCAUCAGACACGUAAAUCGGAUAGAAGGACACGAGAGGUAAAUCCUAAGAGAACUAGAAAUGAAAUAGCUGCUAAAUGGAAACAAGCUUCUAAACAGCUUACAGUCACCGCUAAUAAGCUCACAAGUUUUUUCCAUCCAGAGCAUCAUCGGCUAAGUAAUCAUCACAAUGUGAAAGCAACUGUUGAAUCACCUUUGAGAAUUCAAGUGGUACAGAAAAAUUUAGAUUUCAAGCACUCUGAGUCUAUCGGUGGUUUUGAUAAAUCAACAAAACUUUUGGAGCCAACAAGAUUUAUGAAUACGUUGACUGUACCGACUAUUCAUUCGGAACCUCCAAGUCCUGUUGAUCCACUUCCUUUAGAUGCUCUUUGUGAAGAAGAUACAUUAGAAGAGCCUGAAAUACGAUAUACUCAAACUCGAAGAGGAAGCUCUAAAAGUCCUGUAAGACACUCCGAUCCAUUUCCUUAUGUCCUUUUGAACAUAGAAGACUUUGAUAAGGAAUUGAAUAUAAUCUCAAGUCACACACCUUCCAUAAACCCUGUCGAAUUAACCACAGCUCUAAAACGAACAUCGAAAAAUUCAGAGGAAAUAAAACAUUCACAAAAUUUAUUUCCUGAUCAUGACACCACAAGAUUUAGUUCUCGUAGACCAUCUGAUUUACGUUGGUCUGAAUCUUCAAGAAGUCAAGAAGUUUUAUCUAAUUUAGAUCAACAUCAAAAGUCACCCUCUUCAUAUUCUGUUAAUAAUGUACAAACAUGUGAUAGCAGCAGUGAUUUGAAUGACGUCACAUAUUUAAAUUCAUUUAUGUGCCCUGAUGCAUUGAGUUCAUCACUCCGAGAGUCAUUCUUUGAUGCACCGUCCAUUCCAGAUUCAGACACGUUUGACGAAACUGAUAUUAAAGACUCUCCAAACGAUCUUGGGCCUAAUCAUUGGAUGCUACCUACUGUACAUUCGUCAGUGUCAUCAGUGAAUAUAAGGAGUCCAAACUAUAGACACGUAGAUAAUGAAAAUCAAAGUAAAUCAUCAGAAUCAAUUAUGUUUAGACGUAGACAUGCGAUUUUAAGACUUCAACUAAUGGGUAAUCGAGGUAGAUUAUGUGUGGAAACAAGCAAGGAAACGAUACCUAAUGAUUCAAUAAAAGAAUCCAAUAAUGCUCCUCUUGCUAUUUCUACACCUAUAGAAAUUUGUACACCAACUUAUGAACAUACUCCAGGAAAAAUUAAAGGUGCACCUGGCAUUGGUGUAAGGGUUUAAACUGGCCUAGAAAAGAGAAAAUUUUUAUCUUCAAUUUUUUUUGUCCAUACAAAAAACGUAUAAAAAUAUGACAACGACUUCAAAAUAAAAUUAUAGAUAUUUAAAUACUUCAGAGAUUAGUCUUUAAAUCAUUGUAAUUUUUUGAAAAAUCAAGAUUAAACUCUUUCGAUGAGAAAUUCUAA